AUGAGCAGCCGACGUGCGCCAAUUGCAGGACAACGGCGGCGACAAGGCACUCGUCAGAAUCGUCAAAGAACAGACCUCGGCACCACCCCGUCGCGCAUCCCGGGGGAUAUUAGCGGCAACGACUCUGCCGCGGAGCACGGCGGGGACACGCCACAGCCACACACCCCUGACGGCCCUGAUCCUGCUAUCCACUCGCCGCCCCCUCCCCCUCAUACCAGCACGCAACAGCCCGGAGCUCUGACGGAACAAAACCCUUCUCACCGAGCGGGUGUCUCCCGUAUCGUGGUAUCCGCUAAUGGAGUCUCGAGCUAUCACGGCCGCACGAGCGCCCUGUUCGAGGAGAGUCUACAGGAACGAUCAUCGGCCGUCGACUUACGUCCACGGAUGCCGGAUGAAUGGAUAGAGAAGGGUUUGGUUGCCGAGGCGGCUAGACAACGUAUGAUCCUUCUUCUCCACCAGAAGCUUGGCUUCGGCCAGCUCGAAGACUUCAACUAUCGCGCGGGAACGCUCGACUUCGAUGGUGUGGACCCGGAACUAGGCAUGCACCUCCUGUCCCUGCACUGGAACCGCCAGCACCAUUCCUUUCUGCUCACGUACCGACCCGCAUUCAUGCGGGACAUGGCCUGCAACGGGCCGUACUUUUCAAAGAUACUGCUCAACGCCAUCUACUUCGGGGCUUCCAAGUUCAGCCCGCGUCGAGAAGUCCGGAGGGACCUCAACGACGUGCGCACCGCCGGCUGGGCGUUCCGUGAGCGUGUUAGGAAGCUGCUUGGCGACGCGCUGGAUAGCAGCGAUAUCACAACCAUUCAGGCUUUGCUGGUGAUGACAAAUUCGCUUUUCGCCCUAGGUGACGAGAGGAGUGCUGCUUGGCUAUACGCGGGCCUGGCAUUCCGCAUGAUCAUCGACUUGGGCAUGCAUGUUGAUGCACCAGGCCUCGGUAGCACACGGAAGUUCUCUGACGAAGACCUAGAGAUACGACGGCGGGUGUUCUGGGGUGCAUUCGUCGUCGAUAAGAUCCAGAGUCUCUAUCAGGGACGCCCGGCGUCCUUGAAAGAGUCUGACACGCUGGUACCCAUCAAAUUUCUCGAUACGUUCGAGGAGUUUGAAAACUGGAAGCCGUUUGCGUACUCUACUGAUGCCACCAGCUACCCUGGAUCGCCUGCCUUCAGCGUGUCUACUUUCACCUACCUGUGUCGACUCUCGGUCGUCAUGAGCGAUAUUCUGAGCUGCAUCUAUACGGAGAGAGCCUUUGACAAAAGCGCAACUGAGCUCUCCACAAUGCUGGAGAGUCUAAGCUCCAAGUUGGCUGCUUGGAAAGAAGCUUUGCCUACUCAUCUCGUGUUCGAUCCAAAGAACGAUGACCAAGUUCCUCCUCCACACGUACUAAGCUUGCACGCCAUGUUCAAUGUUCUCACCAUCCUUCUUCACCGUCCGUUUGUUGCUGAUGGCCACUUGUACAACACCUCUCGUUCCAUAUCGGUCAACUCGUUCAUCACCUGCGCGUCUGCAGCCGACAGCAUAGUCGGUGUUCUUCGAGCAUACAACAGAGUAUUUUCUGUGCGACACGCACCUUAUUUGAUCUCAUAUGCCACGUAUGUUGCUGCAACGAUUCACGUACGGAUCGCCGCGAAGCGCAGCACGGAAUCGGAGGCUCGCGAGCGCCUGGAAACCUGUAUGUCCGUGUUUCGAGAGAACCAGGAAACAAACUGGGCCGUGAGAAGGGCCAAAACCAUCGUCGAAGGCUUGAUGACGCGUCUGGGUGUAAGUCUCACCCGCGUUGACGGCAACGAAAGACAGAGGAGCAAUGCCUUUCCUGUCUCGACAGCGAACCGCGACGCGCCUGACGCCUUGGGGAAUCCCAACGACAGGGUGCGCCUUUCAAUGACCGAUGAGGCACGCCCUCCGCAGACAGUGCUUGAGAACGUAUCCCCUUCCAUGGGGUGGUCAGAUAUCGACGGAAUCAUCCAAAGUUUUGUGCGAGGGCAAGAGCACAACACUGUCGCAGCGGAUGUGAACCAGACGGACUUAAACCAACAGCCGGUCCCGUCGGGAACGGGGUUGCAGCCGGCAAACUUCGACUCUUCGAGCUUUAUCGGAAACCAGACUUGGUUCCAAGGGAUGCCGGAGGGAGACGGCGGCGCUGCUUCUUUCGACGACCUUCUGUUCGGGUUCAACGGCUCCGCGCUUGACAGCAUGUUCUCCUGA